AUGUUGAAACUGGCAGCUUUAAUUUUAACGGGCAUUGCGGCUGUCUCCUCGCAAAUGGUGUCGCCUUGUCCCAGGCUCUUCACCUAUGAACCCAGAAAUCCCAACGAACCAGACAAAUGGUACGGACAAAUCAUUUUGAACAGCGAUUCUGAACUUUCCGGCGUCUGGUUGAGGGUUCAGUUUGAUAGGCCCUCCUUACAAUUAGGAAAUUGGUUUGGAGAGGUAGUUAGGAGAGAGAGUAACGAGUACUUGAUAAAAAAUCCAAAACAAAAAGUAUUCGUCAAUCAACCAAUGACAAUUAGGUUCUUCAUAAAAUAUAACACAGCGGAACCUGCUCCGAAAUUUACAGGAUUCAGGUUAAAUGCGAAAACUUACUGUCCCGAAAACUCAGCCACUACGGUCCCGCCACUGACCCAGGAACAACUUUUCACAAACAGCGACGAAACCACACAAGCCAGUAGCGGCGGCGGCGGUGGCGGCGGUAAUUGGAACAACGGGGGCGGUAACUCAAAUUGGGGGGGAAACGGGGGUGGGGGUAACUCAAACUGGAGUGGUAACAAAGGAAACGCAGGUGGGGGCGAUUUUAAUAGGCCUUCUUUGCCCAGCGAAAAUGAGGAAAUUUUUCCUGGGGAUUUCAGUAUUAUAAACAGGCCUACCAGUAAUUUACUGGAUAGAGCUGCAUGUGGAACCAUUGUUCAACCUCCCAAACCUCUAAUAACCCACGGCCAACUUAGUCAUGAAGGCGAAUUUCCAUGGCACGCUGCUCUCUACCAUGCCGCAGGUAAAGACAAGAACUUACCCAGAGGCAUUGAUCUCACUUAUAUAUGCGGGGCCUCCCUGAUUACGAGACAGCAUUUACUUACAGUGGCCCACUGUGUUACUAAACGAGGAAGUUCAUACACACUAAAUCCAGAUAGCUUGGUGGUCUAUCUCGGUAAAUUCUAUCUAAAAAAAUGGAGCAACCCAGGCAUUCAGGACAGGCACGUUUCCCAGAUUUUCCCUCAUCCCAACUACAACUCCCACACAUACAGCGACGACAUAGCAGUUAUAAAACUGAAUUCUCCUGCUGAUAUAACCGACUACGUGCGACCAGUUUGCCUUUGGGAAGGCGAUUCCCACCUUCAAAAGAUCGUCAGCAACCUAGGGACAGUUGUUGGGUGGGGUUACAAUGAAAGCGGCAUCGUAACCGAUCAACUAAUGAAAGCAAACAUGCCAGUUGUGUCGCAAGAAACUUGUAUUUAUUCUUUCCCGGACUUUUUCUCCAGGUUUACCAACAGCAAGACCUUCUGUGCCGGCUUUAGAAACGGGACUUCUGUUUGCAACGGUGAUUCUGGGGGUGGGAUGGUGAUCCCGAAAACCGCAGGUAACAACCCGAUUUGGCAAAUAAGGGGCCUCGUUUCGAUCAGCGUGGCCCUUCAAAACACCUUUAAAUGCGAUUCGAAUCACUACGUGGUUUUCACCGAUGUUGCCAAAUAUACCGACUGGAUCAAGACCACUUUGCGGUGA